CUUCGACCUUCGACGUUAUCACUUGCUUCCUCUGCUCAUAUAUUUUUCUCCACUGUGUAUGUAUAUGACCACGAAGUGCCACGAAGCUAGAAGUAAGAGUACACGGCUUCUCUGAUCUGCGCAAAACAAUUCAAUAGAAAGAAAUCGGUGAAAAUGUCAACGUUACCACAUAGCAAGAAGCGUGUCUGCUACUAUUACGACAGUGAUAUUGGAAAUUAUUAUUAUGGACAAGGGCAUCCAAUGAAGCCACAUCGCAUAAGGAUGACACAUAAUUUACUCUUAAAUUAUGGUCUUUAUAGGAAAAUGGAAAUAUAUCGACCACAUAAAGCCACUGCAGAUGAAAUGACAAAAUUUCACAGUGAUGAAUACAUUAGGUUUCUGAGGUCGAUAAGGCCUGAUAAUAUGUCAGAAUAUAAUAAGCAGAUGCAACGAUUUAAUGUAGGAGAGGAUUGCCCUGUUUUUGAUGGAUUAUAUGAAUUUUGUCAAUUAUCAGCUGGAGGUUCUGUAGCUGCUGCUGUAAAACUGAACAAACAAGCCUCAGAAAUUUGUAUAAACUGGGGUGGUGGUUUGCAUCAUGCCAAAAAAAGUGAAGCUUCAGGUUUUUGUUAUGUGAAUGACAUUGUGUUAGGAAUAUUGGAAUUGCUCAAAUAUCAUCAAAGAGUCCUAUAUAUUGAUAUUGAUGUUCAUCAUGGUGAUGGUGUAGAAGAAGCUUUUUAUACCACUGAUAGAGUAAUGACUGUUUCCUUUCAUAAAUAUGGUGAAUAUUUUCCUGGUACCGGAGAUUUACGGGACAUUGGUGCAGGAAAGGGAAAGUAUUAUGCUGUUAAUAUACCAUUGAGAGAUGGUAUGGAUGACGAAAGUUAUGAAUCUAUAUUUGUACCUAUAAUUUCAAAAGUAAUGGAAACCUUUCAGCCAUCUGCAGUUGUUCUACAAUGUGGUGCUGAUUCACUGACAGGAGAUAGAUUAGGCUGUUUUAAUUUAACAGUGAGAGGUCAUGGAAAAUGUGUUGAAUUUGUAAAAAAAUAUAAUCUACCUUUUCUAAUGGUUGGUGGCGGCGGAUAUACAAUCAGAAAUGUAUCCAGAUGUUGGACAUAUGAAACAUCGGUAGCCCUUGGUUCUGAGAUUGCAAAUGAAUUACCUUAUAAUGAUUAUUUCGAGUAUUUUGGACCUGAUUUUAAAUUGCAUAUUAGUCCUUCAAAUAUGGCAAAUCAAAAUACACCUGAAUACCUUGAGAAAAUUAAGACUAGAUUGUUUGAAAAUUUGAGAAUGUUACCUCAUGCUCCGGGUGUACAAGUUCAACCCAUUCCUGAAGAUGGAGCGGUUAUCGAAGAUUCAGAGGCCGAGGAAAAAGUAAAUCCGGAUGAAAGAUUACCACAACGAGAUUUAGAUAAAAGGAUACAGCAUGAAAAUGAAUAUAGUGAUAGUGAAGAAGAAGGAGAAGGCGGUAGAAGGGAUAAUAGGUCAUUCAAGGGUUCCAGAAAACGACCUCGUUUAGAAAAAGGACAAGAAGGUAUAGAAGGUGAUCUCAAAAAAGAAGAAGAUAUAAAAUCGGAGCCUAAAGAAAAUGAGAAAGAUGAAAAAGCAAAUGCCACGAACGAAGAAACAAAGAAGGAUGCUGGAGCGAAUCCCUGAUAAAUGGUUUUUCUUUUGGAAUAUUUGAAAAAUUGGAACAAGUCUUUAUUUAAAUCAAGUAUAAAUAAGUGUAGGUAACUUAAGUAAAAGAAAAAGAAAAAGCAAAACAUAUGAUGUACAGAUGUUCGCUGCCUCGAACUCGGUAUACGAUUCUAAAUUAUCAUUGACAUUAUUAUUAUUUUGUUUAAAAGCAUGUACUUCGAUAAAAUAGUCAGUAUACUUCGAUUGAAUUCGUGGCACGCGACAUUAUUAUAUCACGUACACGUAUAAGCGUGUAAUGGACAUCGCAAACGCUCUACACCUUUAAUUAUCUCGUUAAAUUUUCAAACAUUUCCUGAAGUUGAUUCUUCAAAUAUUUUUAACACCAUCUAAUCAACGAUAUCUUGAAUAGUUAGUCGAAUUUUAUGAUCGAGUCAAAAUCCUGACGCUCAGUUAUAACAGAUAAGUAUAACUAGUCAAACGAAAUAAAUAAAUAUUUUGAGAAAAGAUCUCUGUACCGAUGAAAACUAUACAUUUCAUGACAAUUGUUUACAAUUUCUAUUGCGAUCAUAACAUAGGGACAGGUUUUCAAGAUACCCACAUUUAUAGAUAGCACGUUUUGAUGAAUCGUGCAAAAAUAUCAAAGUCCUAAUAUUUUGGACGAUCAAAAUCUUUAUCUUAUUUCUUACGAUGAUUUCGAUUGAACUUUAAUAAACACAUUUUGUUAGAUGACAAAAAUGAUCGUACCACAAGCAAGUAUUAUAAAUUCACAAAUUUUUUUUUAUUCUUGUAUAUAACGUAAAAUCAGAUUUAAACGAAGUUCUACAUGCAAUACUAAAUAAUAGUAAUAAUGAUAGUAAUAAUAAUAACAACAUUCUUUUUCAUAUGUAAAGUAUUUUAUUUUAUGCGUGAAACCUUGAAUGAUCAGCAAAGAAAGUAUGAAAAAAAUUAGGACGGUUGAUGAACAUAUUGAAUUCAAACAUAACUCUAGAAUUUUAAUCAUAAAUUAAGGAAAGAUAAUGUUAAAGAGUUGAAAAUUACGUAUUAUGUGACAGAGCCGAUUUAUAUCUGUAUAUACUGAGGUCGCAAAAACACUCUCGUUCAAAAAAAA